AUGCGCUCAAAUCAAAAUGAGAUUGAAAAACUGUUGAAAUAUUAUCAAACGCAGCCUUAUUCAGCAGCUCAAAUUGAGAAUGAUCUAAAUACAGAAAAAGAACUGGAACGUAAAGCCUUGUUCAUUCAUUCUCUAGCAAAGCAUGACAUCCUUUACUUUGAUAUCGCAACACAUUGUCCUGAAUUUGAUCUGGCAGCGAAAGCAUCAGCAACGUCAACUUCACAAACGAACAAUUUUGUUAAUUUUGCUAAACGAUUACCAUCUCGCUUUGAUAAAGGCGAUUGUUACGUAUUUUACUCAAUAACAGAAAAUUGCCUUAGUGAAUCUGAUGCUUGGAAACAGUUUUUGGCCACGAGUAAUGGUAAAGAUAAGCAAACACAGUGUGUACAUAUGGAUUGUACAAAUUGUGCCGAUGAAUAUCAGCCGCGCAAAAACAUCAUUUAUUAUUACAAAAAUGGACGGCUGAUAACUGAAGAUGAUAAACAAGAACAGCAAACGUCAUCUGCAACAAGUGAAUCGUACGUGAAGAAUGACAUCAAUAUUCUUCUGUUAGGUGAAACGGGUGUGGGAAAAUCAACAUUCAUUAAUGCAUUUGUCACUUAUAUAACACACAACAAACUCAGUCACGCUGUAGAUGGUGAGACCAUCGUUGCCGGAGUUAUGUAUUUCCAAUUGCGGAAAAUACGAAUAAUCGAUACGCCUGGUGUUGGUGAUACAAGAGGUUUAGAACAAGAUGGUUCCAAUUUAGAACAUAUUAUUUCCUAUAUCAGCCACUAUCAGCAUCUUAAGGCCAUUUGUAUGUUAUUGAAACCAAAUGCUUCAAGAUUAAACACAUUUUUUCGUUUUUGCAUAAUACAAUUACUAACUUAUUUGAACGUUAAUGCCAAAAACAAUAUUAUAUUCUGUUUUACAAACGCCCGUUCAACAUUCUAUUCACCGGGUAACACAACGCCAUUAUUGAAACAGUUAUUGAAAGAAUUAAAAGAAACAAAUAAAAUUGAUAUACCGUUCAGUAAACAGAAUACAUUUUGUUUUGAUGAUGAAGCAUUCCGUUACUUAGCGAGCACAAAGGCAAAUUUGAAGUUUGAUGAAAAACAGCAAACUGAAUGUUCUAGAAGUUGGGAUAUAUCUGUUGACGAAUCAUUUCGAUUUAUAUAA